AUGGGAGAUCUCUGGCAUGAAGAAGAAACGUUGAAGAAAGUUCAGUUUCGCCUUGGGAAUGGCUUCAAGGUUUUCCAAGAUACUGCCAAUGACCUAAGGGCAAGGCUUCUUGAUUUUGGCAAGUUGAUUGAGUCUCAAGGCGAAGGGAUGUUUCCGGGUCUAAAACGAGCUGUCUUUACAUUGAGUCGCUCGCAAUACGCAGAUAUCCUGGCGGAAAUCAGAGACAGCGUGUCCAAUCUCGAGAACCUGACGGACCGUAACAUGGAGCUUGAGCCGGCAAGGAGAGUUAGAUCUAAGCAGAAACUCUUUGCAAUCCUUCGUGAUCUAUCGGAAAGUCUAUACCGUGCCUUGAGGUCAAGCUUGACUUGCUCCUGCAGACAUGAUAUUGGGCUGGGGCUGGAAAUCAGAAAGGUCGAGGUAUUUCCAGGAGACGACGAGCAGAAGAUGGUCGCCUUGAAUAGCUUCAAGAUCAGUGUGUCCUACAAGACCGAUCUUGGACUUCUUGAGGCAUGGCAAGACUUCCGACUACAACCGCGGAGGCUGGGUCCAGGGCCAUCGCCCCCGGAAAUUAUGUCCUUCACUUCUAGCCGUUCGAGCAUCACAUCUGGCAAGAAGAGAGUCGAGUUUUCUAUUUCGCCGCAAGGACUUUCGACCACGACCCCUCCAGCUCCUAGAGUGGCCAAGAUACCCACAUCAUUAACUACCAGAGACCACACCGUUCCACCAACCGUAUGCUCAGACCUCUGCCAAAUCACCAAGGAUAACGCUGGUAAUUUAUACACGAUCGGUCACUUCAUGUCACUACAGAGUUCCAGUUGUAUCCUCUCCCAGUUUCUCCCUUUCGGAAUCCUCAAUCUAUAA